CAACAACCAGUUCUUCCUGAAUCAUGCUUCCUGUUUAUCCACAGUAUGUUCGUCAGGUCAAAGGCUGAAGUGCCAAAGGUGAAGUCGUGUGAAUGGAGUUCACUGUUUACAUGCGCGCCGCAGAGCGCCGAAGUGCGUCGUGAAUUGAGCCAGCGUCGAUAGAAAGGGACUCCUGCUCGUAUGUUGACUGCAGAACAUCCAGGACACUUUUCAUUUGGAUCCAGGAGCUUGUAACAUUUGAAAUGUGGGUUACUGGUUCAACUACAGAGGACAGUGGAAGCAUCUUGAAGCAAUUCUGAAGUGAAAGGUUUUGAGUCUGAGGCAUCCGUGGACACACUGGACGAUCCAAAUGUAGGCCGAACAGAGCAGAUGGGUCUACCCGUGGACAAUCUCAACAACAAUGAUGAAGAAGCUCCGUGUAAAGUAUCUGAAGAGCAGGGAGAGGCCUCAGGGAACCACAGCCAAACAGAAACAUGCACCGCCACGUCUCCGCUGGUCCCCAAGAAGAAGAGGAAGACCAGAAAGAGGUUGUGGAUCAACCUCACAAACUGUAAAUAUGAAAGUGUUCGACGUGCAGCUAGGCGCUAUGGCCUUCGGGAGGCAGCAGAGAGCGAGGACUGGACCCUGUUUUGGACUGACUUCUCGGUGUCUCUGGACCGCGUUAAAGAUAUGAAACGCUAUCAGAAAAUCAACCAUUUUCCUGGAAUGAGUGAAAUCUGUCGCAAAGACCUUUUGGCAAGAAACUUGAACCGAAUGCUUAAACUUUUCCCCAAAGACUACAAUAUCUUCCCGAGAACAUGGUGCCUUCCUGCUGAUUUUAGUGACUUCCAAGCUUUCACCAGGGCCAAAAAGAACAAGACAUACAUUUGUAAGCCAGACACCGGGUGCCAAGGCAAAGGCAUCUUCAUCACCAAAGCAAGUAAAGAAAUACAGCCUGGGGAACAUAUGAUCUGCCAAGUUUACAUUUCUAAACCACUGAUAAUUGACGGUUAUAAAUUUGACCUGCGUAUCUAUGUCCUGGUAACAUCAUGUGACCCUUUCAGCAUAUUCAUGUUUAAAGAGGGUCUGGCCCGAUUCUGUACCACAAAAUACAAUGAGCCAACUCAUAACAACGUGGAAGAUGUGUGCAUGCAUCUAACCAACUAUUCAAUAAACAAACACAGUGAAAACUUUGUGCGUGAUGAGGACACUGGGAGUAAAAGAAAGUUAUCCACCUUGAAUAAGCAUCUUGAGGCCAUGAGCUGCAACACAGAAAAAAUGUGGAAUGACAUUGAAGAUGUUAUAAUUAAAGUCCUGAUCUCAGCUCAUCCGAUCCUGAAGCACAACUACCACACCUGUUUCCCCAACCACAUCAACGGCAGCGCCUGCUUCGAAAUUCUGGGCUUUGACAUCCUGCUCGAUCACAGGCUCAGGCCGUGGCUCCUAGAGGUCAAUCACUCCCCCAGUUUCACGACUGACUCUCACCUGGAUCGCGAAGUGAAGGAUGCUUUGCUCUAUGACACCAUGGUCCUCAUCAACCUGGGAGCAUGUGACCGCCGAAAGAUCACAAAGGAGGAGAGACGCAGGGUGAAGGACAGGCUACAACAGAAUCGCUCCAGAGAGGCCAGGUCAGAGGAGCUGCGCCAGUGCCAAGCCGCCUCCGUGGAGCAGAUGGAGAAGUACGAGGCCAAACACCUGGGAGGCUUCAAGAGGAUCUACCCCCGAGAGGGAGGGGAGAAAUAUGACAAGUACUUCAAACACAGCAGCUCGCUCUUUCAGGAAACCGCUGCGUCCAAGGCCAGAGAGGAGUGUGCCAGGCAGCAGUUGCAGGAGCUGCGUCUGAAGCAGGAGCAGAAGGAGAGGGAUCUGAAAGUGGGUCGGAGGAAGGACUUACAGGGAGAGACCGCGGGAGAGAGAGUGAGACCGAGGAGGAGUCAAAGCAACCUCCAAAACUCCGCCGAAGAGCCCGGACCCCUCGCAGAGAACCCCUGUGCGCUGAUGGGCCUGGUGGAUGUGAGUGGCGAGGGAGGAGAGGGGCAGGAGGACAGGGAGGCAGAGGAGGAGCUAGAGAGGAUCCGGGGGCUGCUGGAGAGGAAGAGGCUGUUGCAAGACCUUGGGGUAGUCGACCAAAUCCAACACAUGCUCCAACAGCAACAGCAGACAGGGGGCGCCACAGCAGAGAACAGGCCCGCCCCCACACAGGCCCUGCACUCAACACAGCAGCAGAAGGUGGAUUCACUGUUACAUGUUUCCCAGAAAAGGCAGCAGCCAGGUUCAUUCUCACAUCAGUUCAUUCAGUCCCACAUGACCCAGCCGAGGUUACUGCGGUCCACUUUUGAACAGAGGACCCUGAAUGCAUCAGGCUUUGAGUCUGAGCCCAGACCAGAGGACUCUGGGACGCCCAGCCUCCAGAGGAUCUGCCCCAUGGGCACCUUCUCUCUGGGUCGUCAGGACAGUAAGAGCAGCACGUACAUCCGCGCCAGAGCCAGUAUCCCGCUCGUAAACCAGAUCCCCAAAGCCCGGACACGGUGCCCCUACAUGACCCAGGACGCUGACACCCUGCAGAGCCUGUCAGUCAUCUCCACUCGGGCCCCCCUGGUCCGGAGGCCUGGCUUUUCUCAAACCGUCCGACAAAACCCCUCCCAACGAGCAGGGACGCACGGAAAAGGCCUGAAACCACAUACGCAGACAGACACAUGAGAAAAGAAACAGAUAUUUGGGGAUUAAGGAAGUGGAAGAUGGACCAAAGCUGUGAAUGCACAAACACAGGGAGGACUGCUAUAUCUGGACUCAUGUUUCGUCUCAGUAAAUGUCAACAAUGCAAGAGAUUCACAUGUUUCUAUCCACUGUGUGAUGGCAGACAUUUUGUUUACAUAACAGUCUCUAAAGGGGAACAUUUGUAUGAAACUAAGCUCUAUGUGCCAAAAAGGAAGUGAACAGGCCCUGUGAAAUAUGUCAAUAUUAUAGAUAAGAAAUGUAAACACACCACCUUGUCAGUUUAAGCCUCAUAUUUGAUGGUGAGAGUUAAGAAGGCCUACCACUUCAUACAGGACUAAUAAAAGGGUGCUUAAAUGA